AAAAAUGAGCCGGUGGCUUGGAUUAGCUCCGUCAUACACGCGAAAGGCAUACCUCCUCGAAUUUGUGGAUGUGCUAGUCGGCAUCAUCUCAGAUAAUGCUUCACCUAGCUGGCGGGUUGGGUUCGAUCGAGGCGACUCGUGUGGCGAUGGCAGCUGCCCUAAUCUAUCGACUCAUUGCAAUACUGGGAAUUUAUUGGUAACCCAACGUGAUGCUCCGGGGCACCCCGAGCGAUACACAAGAGAAGGCCUCGAACGAUUCUGUACGAUUACAUUCGCACGUUCUCGGACCCCGUACUUUGCUCGUGUCAACGACAGUGAUGUUGAACAUCAGGAUAGUGAGCGACAGUCUGUGGCUCUCGGCUUGAAGACAUCGCUUCAAGCUAAGAUGUCUCUGGUUUCUGCACGCCUCGAGCUUUUUGGUACUGAAUCUGUAGCCCACGACCAUUUCUUUAAGGACUUCGUCCUACUAGAAACUUCUCUUCCAACACAGCUUCUGAUUGAUGCGACUGCGCUACGAGACGAUGACAUCAAGUGCUGUGGAGUUUGGUUGACUAUGAUAGAUGGGGACAGCCACGAGCUCACUUCCUUCCAUCCCACAACGGCACAAGUCUCAACUUCCGGGAUUGUCCCCCUUACCAUGCUCAAAACACUGGAGCACACUCAUACUACGUCAAGUGUAGCAUCCCCGCAGCCAAGGAUAGUCGCAACAAUUACACCCGCGAAGGCAAAUUCACAAUGGCAAAACGACUACAUGACGGUGGGAAUCAGAGGCGGCGAGCAACUUGCAUUCAAGCUUCAACUCAAAAAUGUCAGCGAGGUCCCUAUUGACCAACUUCAAAUCUUGGUGGGGCCGUUGCGAGGCUGCCCACAGUGUGAUCUCAUAUUUCACCACAUUGUGAACAAUUCUCGGCCCAUCAAUGGCCGAGUCAUUCACAGACAGAGUGCUCAUGGUAUCCUGGCUAGGAGCGAAGCAGAAAGCCUCCGACAGCAGCUUGAUUCUGGCCUGAAGUUGCUAGAAAUGUCCAUGUAUCUAGAGAAUAACACGCUAUUCCAACGUACUGGUGCCAAGAUCACCUGCGUGUUCUCAACAGCAGGAGCUAUCCAGCGUGAAGUUGGGUUGUCGAUUGUACCCACACCUAGACCCGGUCUAUCAUGUAUCGAUGCUGCUAGACACAAUGACAGUCUAUUACUUCAGCUUCGCAAUGAGGCAAAUAUUCCAAUUAGACUCGGGCGCCUUGGUGGCUCUAGCUCAAGACUGAGAUUCAUGCAUGGUGGUUCGGCCGCGACUGGCGAUGCUCAGUUGCGGUGGUGCAUCAAUGGCGCAGCCAAAAAAGAAUUAGACGGCUUUGGAAUUCUGAACUACAAUCCAUGACUUAUGUGCCCUUUCGAUGAUGAGCGGCCCACUUUCUGUGACCCCGGGCCGCUUCCAGGCCGCUUCCUCCCCGUCAGAGUCGGUUUCUUGUAUAGCCGGGCGAGUAAUUUGGCGGCAUAUUACCGGC